ACCCAUCCACAUUCAACGUCUACUCUCAAGAGCAGAUCAAAUCACAAUCAUGUCAUCAACGACCGACGAACCCCAACCCCAAACCCGCCCCACAACCCGCACCCGCUCCUCAACCCAAGGCUCCUCCUCCCAAAAACGCUUCGCCUCAGCAAUCGCAACCCUAACAACCCCCAUGAACGAAGAAGAACCCUUCGAGAACUUCCAAACAACAUCACCGCCCACCUCCCCAUCCCUCCGUGGUCCCAAAGACCCGAAUAUCCGGGAUCCGGAUAGGAGUAAUCCGUAUCGAGAACGGAAUGAAAGACCGAUGGAUACGAUUCGGAGGUUUGAAGCGUUGGCGAGGGGGGAGGAGUAUGUGCCGGGAUAUGGAGGUGGGCAGCAGGGGUGGGAGAGGCCGAAGAAUGUGAGGAGUCCGUAUGAUGUUGAGGAGAUUUUUGCGAAUUCUGGACGACAGAGAACGACUUCUUCGGGAUCGAUUCCGCAGGCUCAGCAGUAUAACAACUACGAGUACUCCGGCGCGGGGCCAAGCGAGCAAUCUUACGCUCCCCGCGCCCAGUACAUCCCGAACUCCCCUCCGCAGUCUCCGCCUCAGACCGCAGGGAGUCCAGCGGAUCCGGUGCAACCCAGGAAUACGUCGUACGCAAUUCAGCAACCGAAGAAGGUCGAGGAGGCGAAGAAGAAGGGGUUCAUGAAGAGGUUGAGUUUCAAGAAAUAGACGGGGGGUUUCAGAGGCAGGAGAAUGAGGGAACGAUUAUGAUGAUGGAGACGAGAUGACGAGAUGAAGGAAAUGACGUCUUUCUGGGUUUUGGAUUG